AUGCCAGGUAAAUCUCCACAGCUCCGCCAAUUUUUGGAGAACGACCCCAAUAUCAAGGCAGACAAGUCCAGCAAUGCCACGCUAAAGAGCAGUUAUAUCUUCACGGCCCAGCUGUUCGAGCCAAAGAAGGAGGAAGUACUCAAGUACCUGGAUGAAGCAGGCCCUAAGCCAAAGAGGGAAGCCCAAGUGAUCAUGUUCAGAGGAGAUAAGGAGAUUCCAGUUGUAGAAGAGUACGUCUGUGGACCUCUGCCCGAGAUCAGCAAGUGUGAGCUGCUGCAGCGCCCCAAUAGACGCAACCCCGUCGAGUGGACUGUCAGGCUGAUGUGGAUAACUGCCCUGCACAACCGACCCUACAAAGGUCUCCACUCUCUCGACUUCGCUGUCCUGGUCAACCUCAAGGACGUCGACUCUUCUAAAUGGGAGACCGAGAAAGUUUUCUACAGCGGACAGUUGUUUGAUUCACUCGACGACUUGGCUGCCCAGUACAAAAAUGGCAGCAUCUCUAAGACCAAAGUCAAGAAGCCGACUUAUGAUGAGGAUAUAUUCUCGAGCCUACGCCGACGAGGUGAGCCACAACCACCCAAGCCACAGCGACCACCAAGGCUGGUGGAGCCAGACGGAAAACGAUACUCCGUCAAGGGCAAAAAGGUGGAAUACAUGGGAUGGUCCUUCCACUACAGGAUCUCCCCUAUCACAGGUGUCUCUCUUUACGACGUCAAGUUCAAAGGUGAAAGAAUCGCCUACGAGUUGAAGGUCGCUGACAUUGCCACAUUCUACUCUGGAUAUGCUCCUUACGGGCAAACCCUGAACAACAUAGAAAACAGCCGGAUGAUCGGCAGCAGGUCUAAAGCUCUGGUGGCUGGAGCCGGUUGUCCAGAGACAGCAACGAUGCUGAAAGCUACGUUCAUGAACCAGUACGAGGAAGAACCAGCAGUCUACGACUCCGCCCUGUGUCUGUUUGAACAGAACACCGGAUAUCCGCUGAGACGCCAUCUUUCCUACAAGGCCACAGAUGGAGGAUUUUUUGGAGGAAUGCUCAACUCUGUUCUCACUCUCAGAUCAUCAAUUUCUCUGCCAGACAGCAAUUACAUCUUGGAUUACACCCUUGGUCAGAACGGAGCCAUUGAAAUCAAAAUGAUCAGCACGGGCUACAUCCACACCACCUUUAUCUCGCCUGAGGAGAUGCCCUACGGACACCGCGUCCAGGAGAACAUCAUCGGCAACCUGCACCAACACCACGUCCUCAUGAAAGUCGACCUGGACGUCAACGGGCGCUCCAACAGAUACGAGACAUUGAACAUCAGCGAGGAGAAGCUCAAGCUGACAGCGUUCCCGGACAGGCCGUACUCGCAGACCAAAAUCACCUCAACCUUGAAGAAAUCAGAGAAGGAAGCAGUAGCAGACUACAAAAUGUCUGAGCCCAAAUAUCAUAUUGUUCACAACGACAAGAAAAGGAAUAAGUACAACGAAAAGAGAUCAUACAGAAUUGACAUGAAAGGUAUGUCUAAGAGCAUCAUAGAAGAGGAUGUUGGCAACGAGAGAAGCAUCUCCUGGGUUCGCCACCAGAUGGUGGUCACCAAGAGAAAGGACGAAGAGGAGACCGGCAGCUCCAUCUAUGCUAUGCUGGACAGCAACAAGUCGGUGGUCAAGUUCAACGAUUACUUCGAGGAUAACGAGCCUAUUGUAGAUGAGGAUCUGGUUUUCUGGAUCAGCAGUGGGUUCCAGCACAUUCCACACACAGAGGACAUCCCCAACACAGCAGCUGUUGGCAACCACAUCGUUGUCUUGCUGACGCCACACAACUACUACGAGGAGUGUCCGUCCAUGGCAUCACGUGAUGCUAUCUUCAUUGACUACAAAGAUCCCAAGGAUCCAUCCAAGGGGGUCAAAGUUAACAGGAACGGGAACUCCAGAGACCAGUGUGUGGUACCCAAAUCCACCUUGGAAGAAUACCUCGAGGAGAAACCAGACAGAAUUCUCGAAAGUCGACGACGCAAUCCCACAGACUUUUAA